AUGAUCACAAUCGCAAAUAGCAGGCAUGUCCGCAUCUGGUGGGCAAUGAAUUCGCCGAAAGAACCAAUGGAUCUGCUUUUCUGUGUCCAUCGCGCUGAUGGAGAAGCUGGGACUCCUCCCCCCGGUAACAUUGUGUUUGCCCCUCGCAAUAAUAGGGGCACCCCUUCCGACGAGUCCGCUGAUAGUGAUGACGAUGGGAGCUCAGAUGGCCACCAGCCCGAGUCAUCUGCGAGGGCCGCAAAGCGAGUCACUAGGCCGACUACGAAGACCAAGAACACCUCGAGAAACACUGGGCAAACAUUGCGCAGAGGUACGGUGGACGUCGACGAACCGGAGCUAGACUCAAAUGUUUCGGCUGAUCGCGGCCGCAAUUUGGCCACCAGGGUGAUGCCGGCUUUGAAUCCCGGUUUCGCACCAUCUCCCGGCAAGCAGGUCCCCGCACCGUCUACUGACUUGGGUACUCGUGUCUUGAGGUCUGGCGGACAAAUAGGAAGGGGGACUGACCGAAAGAAAGCAUCCCGGCUACGUACCCAGACGGCAGUCAAUAGCAGUCCCAAAUGUAACCUAGCAGCCAUUACUGACGCCGAUGAACCAAACAGUCCGGCUGACGCUGCAGAACCUCCGAGGAAUGUCGCCCGCAGGGUGACAGCAAUCAACACUAGUAUUGAGAGUGAACUGGACAGAGUUCAUGGGGAGGUUAAUCCGAGUCGGCGACCUACCACCAGGCCUAUUACGCCAAACAGUCCUCCGUUGGCUUCCAAUCCAAGCCACAACCUAGCCUCUGAUGCCUCUGAGCAGGUACAGGUGAGAGCAUCAGCUGAGCAUCUUUUAAUGCUAGCCUCAGGCACCCAGCAGCCUGCCGACACAUCAGCAACCCAAGUUAGUACCCCCAGCAGAAGCCAUUCCCCACCUGAUCCAAGCACCAGCGAUGUGCUUGUGAGUAUGUCAGCAGCAGAGGCCGGACGAGAAUUAAGCCCGGCCGCCAACUCCCCAGCCAGCUCGAGUAGAUACCCUACACCUGAAAAGCUGCGAUUACAACUACCAGGUUUUUCAUCUGCUACGUCGGCGGCAAGUUCUACUGCUGUGUCAGCAGAGACGGACGUUGGGAGUCCGCUCCGGUUCGUUUCUGACCUGAGGGCGUAUGUCCGUUUCAAAGAAUUUACAGGAACUAGGCCACUACGGAACCUCGGAAUUUCCCUUUUGGUGUUUGUGAGAUUAGACCCAGCGGCUGGGCCGGUUUGCCCUGACCCAGUGUGGUUAAUUCAGACCCGCCACGGAUGCUAUCGAGACAAGGGCAGGAGCUUGGACAUUUUCUUUGGGUGUUUUCGUUUGGUGGUUUUUUCGUUUGGUGGUCUUGUCUUUUCUGACUUUCCAGGUUCACUCUUGCAAUUUUUUACACAUCGUUCUUGUUCUUUUGCGGCUCUUGUUCGUUCGGGAUACCUUUGCUCUUCUAGUUUUAGACUUGUUGCUCUUUGGUUUUGUGCGGAUCAUUCUUCUUUUCUAGCUGUUUUUCGUUCGCAGCAGUGGUUCGCAGUUGCCCCCUUCAUUGCUUUUCCUAUCCCAGAUUUUCACCUUAUACCCCAUCUGUUGGGUCUUAGCGGCAGCUUGUACCUUCUGAGAUUAGCGUCCCAGGCUUUGAGCCCUAGCCUUACCCGCAUUUGUUUUGGUCCGCCCCCCCCCCUGGCGGACCUACUCGAACUAGAUUAG